AAAUUGAACCUGGUUUAUGAAAAAAAAAUGUAUUGAUAAAUGUACAUAGCCUAUCUGAUUUUUCAGGUUUUGAAUUGUAUGCAACCAAACUAAUAUCAUGUCAGAAUCAGAUUUAUUUAAUACAAAGCAAUUCAAACAAAAAUUCCUGGCAAUGUAUCCAAUUGAAGAUAUUUCUUUCAAGGAGAGUUUUGCUGCUGAGAAGAGCUACGUGGAGUGCCAGGAGCUUCAGAAGCUGCUCAUUGAAGGGACAGUUUUAUCUGACAUCGCUAAGAGAUAUCCUCCCAAGGCUUCAUAUGUUAAAGCAUUCCUCAAAUCCCUUAUUUCUGAGAUUGAAGUACAGGGUCAUGAAGUAUCUGAAUCAAUUUAUACUUUGUACACAAACUUGCUGGGUGAAGAGAAAGAGUCUCCGUGUUGUUUAGAAUCAACAUUUUGUGGGGGCAACAGUGGAGGUUUCUACCGCACCUACACACUGGAGUCCGGCAAACAUGUGACGUUACGGGAGACAAGCAACUUGGUGGUGGAUGGCACCACUGGUCUACGUACCUGGCAGGCAUCCCAUGUGCUACUGGAAUUUCUCCUGGAAAAUCCGAGUAUUGUUCAAUGCAAGCGUGUGGUGGAGCUAGGUGCUGGACUAGGCCUACUAGGACUAGGCCUCAUUAUUGAACAUUUGCCUGCUGCCUACACCUUCACUGACCACCAUCCUGCCGUCAUGGAUGCCUUACAUCACAACAUCUGCAUCAACAUUGCUCAAUGCCAGCAUCAGGACGGCAAAACAUGGGAGUAUGAAGACUGCAUCGUACGUCUGGUGCCACUAGACUGGCAGAGCACAACCGCUGCGGACGUGGCAGCGUGUGAUGUCGUACUUGCUGCAGAUGUUGUAUUUGAUCCACGCUUGUUCCCUGCCCUGCGCCACACUUUAUCCAUCCUCCUGGAUGCUCCUGGAGACCUGCAAUCCACUCCACCAUGUGAUGCAGUUGCUGAGUCCAUAUCAUCAUCCAAUGUGGUGAAGUCGGGGCUGAUGAAUGGGAAUUUAUCAUCAGCAUCAUCACUGCAAUCAUCAUCUUCAAUGCAACCAUCAUUAUCACCACCAUCACCACUACCACUGUCUUCACAAGCAUCAUCACUGCAACCAUCAUUAUCAAUGCAACCACAACAAUCAUUAUCACCACCAACAUCACCAUUCUCUUCACAUUCAGUUGGCGCAAGGAGGGCGGCGCUGCUGGCGGCGACGGUACGCAAUGAAGACAACAUUAACAGCUUCGUCAAGUGUCUAGAAGACGCGUCGCUGGAGGUGGUGGAGGUGGAGGUGCGGUGCUACAGAGAGGCCCCCUCCAGACCCCUCCACUCUGUCAAGAUAUUCAGAAUAACCCCUCCAGACCCCUCCACUCUGUCAAGAUCUUCAGAAUAACCCCUCCAGUUCCCUCCACUCUGUCAAGAUCUUCAGAAUAACCCCUCCAGACUCCUCCACUCUGUCAAGAUCUUCAGAAUAACCCCUCCACUCUUCCUCCACUCUGUCAAGAUCUUCAGAAUAACCCCUCCAGACCCCUCCACUCUGUCA